AUGGACCAUGACCUGGACAUUAUCGCAGUCCAAGAGACGAAAGUGGAGAGCGAGGACGGCACCGAGAGUCUGUUGCAGCGUUUCACCGGACGCUACAGCGCCAGCCGAGCGGAAGAAGACAAGGCAACCGGCGAGGUGAAAGUGAAACAGCGGGGUUCGUUUGCACAGAGUGGCGUGGUCGAUCCGCUCGAAAACGCUGAUGUUCCCUACCGGGCGUGGCAGCUGAAGUGGAUCAGGCGGUCCCAGCUCUUCGAGGCUUCGGUCGCCUUCGGCUGCUCGCCCCCACACCCGUACGAGUUUGGCUAUGACAGUGUGGACGAGUUCGGCAACACACAGUAUCGACACGAGACCAGCGACGCGCACAAUAACAAGCGCGGUUCUUACGGCUACACCGACGCCAACGGCAUCUAUCGCCGGGUGGACUACGUGGCGGACGCAAAUGGCUUCCGUGCUCACAUUCGGACCAACGAGCCUGGCACGGCCUCCUCCGCACCGGCUGGCGCAGUGUACGACUCCAAGCCGGUUACUAUCAGGGCAACGGUAAUCAAAUCUCAACGAGGCGGCUUGCUACUGCCCCAUGACGCAAGGUUAAAUGCAGGAAAGGAGUUCAUUGUGAGCCCGGUGAAGCCCCAUCCUGCUGUAGUUGUCCCAGCAGUUUCUUUCCAGGAUGGAUCGAAGGGCGGACACCCAACGCCCCUUGCCCCGCACCCCAUCGCCACUCAUCUCCACGGCCCACCGAGGGCACUGCUUAACAAUGACAGCCCUGUUGUGGUGGGCAGUCACCCUACGCUUGUAGGUGCGGUGGGUAGCGAUGGUCAUCACGAUGCGGCGGAAGUGGUAGCAACCAAGGUUCUCACAGAUCCCGCGGCCCCUCAUGGUGUCCAUGCUACGCUAGGAGUAGUUGCCCUAAAGCGCCAUCAUCAUGUCCAUGUAUCUGGACAAGACUACAAAGCUAAAAGUCGGUAAACGACCAUCGUUUGUUUCCAAAACACCGUGUUAAACGAAUAA